AUGCUAGGUUCCUACGCACUACUGGGGUCUGUUGUUCCCCGAGAUGCAUUUGCCGCAGCGAAACUACGUGAAGCUGGAGCUAUAUUCAUAGGCAAAACGAACCUCUCUGAAUGGGCUGGUGCGAGGUCGCUUCAGCUUCCCCGUGGAUUCUCAGGGCGUGGGGGGCAAACUCUUUGCCCCUACUAUCCGAAUGCUGACCCAUGUGCUUCGAGCUCCGGAAGUGGCGCUGCGACGGCUAUUGGUCUAGCAGCGGGGUCGCUUGGCUCAGAGACUCGUGCCUCUAUCGUAUCACCGAGUAGCAGGAAUAACAUUGUAGGCAUCAAGCCUACUGUCGGGCUGGUAUCUCGCUCGGGCGUGGUACCGUACUCCUCUCAUCAGGAUACUCUUGGCCCGAUGUGUCGCUCUGUCACUGACGCAGCCUUGUUGUUGAAUUUCAUUGCUGGGCCUGAUCCUCGAGAUGAAGCUACUUUACAUCAGCCUGGCAUAGUCCCAGACUACAUGAAAGCGCUCAACAAAAAUUCCCUCAAAGGCGCUCGUCUUGGAGUGCCUCGUUCCUUCAUCCGCAAUAUAAAGGCAAUCGAGGAGACGUUCAACUCCUCUCUUGACAUCCUCCAAGCUCUAGGCGCGGAAAUCGUCGACCAUGCAGAUUUUCCAAAUGCAGAAGAACUACUGACAUCGAAAGCGGAGAAAUUGGUAAUGGCUGUGGACUUCAAAGUUGAUAUCCGCAAGUACAUAUCGGAACUGGUCGAAGUCCCGACAGGCGUCAAGACUCUCGCUGAUCUGAUAGAAUUUAACAAGACUCAUGCGGACCUAGAACUUCCAGCGCCAUUUUACACAGAUCAAACUCGAUUCAUGGACGCGGAACCUGCACAAGUUGAUGACGCCUAUUUUGCAGCACUGGCUCAAGAUUUCGACUUGGGACGCACGAGAGGAAUUGACGCCACUCUGGCCAAGUUCAAUCUCGAUGCCAUAAUUCUACCGACCGAUGCUAGUACUUCGUAUUGCGAUGCUAACGCCACUUAUGACAUUCAACAUUUAGUGCCCCUCGGCUUUCAACCAGAUGAUGUUGAAAUACUGCCUGCGACACCAUCUCCACUUCACAGUCAAGCCCCAGGAAUUCCUUUCGGAAUCGCUUUUAUGGGAACUGCGUAUAGCGAGUUCAAGCUCAUCAGCUAUGCCUAUGCAUUUGAGCAGGCUACCCACGUGCGACUCCAGAGAAGGGCAUAUGACGAUGCGAUUCCGAGAACGCAACUAACAGAUGUUAUGUGAAGUGAGAUAAUUUUGUAAACUAUGCACAGAAAACGAGCGAGUUGGUUUGCGUGCAUGUAUUACUUACACCCAACUGUUUUUUUUGCAAUAUGCAUGAAACUGGCCAGGUAUCUAUGACCUCCACGCACUCAUCGAC